AUGUCUGGUAAUCAUGCGGCGUGUUUCUCUGUUAAUAUGGGUGAUUGUGCCCCUGUGAGUGGGAACUGUGUGCAUAGUCCUGAUUCUAUUGGAUGGAGUCCACAUAAUGUUCUCUUUGUCGCUACUCAUUGGUCUUUAGAUUUACAUGUAAAGAGACUUAUUACCCCAGACGCGGUUAUUCGCCCGGUUUAUCAAACCCGCGGGGAUACAUCGAGUCCAUUUUGUAUUGUGAGUGCCAAAUGGGCAUUAGAUCUAGUUCCAGAAGAGGCUUAUCCAGCAAGUUGCCGAUUAUGUGUACGAACGACAAGGGAUUUAUUUAUAUAUCGAGUAAUUCGAUGUGGUUCCGGUAGACUUCGUACAAGUAAGGGAAUUUGUUUAAUUCCGCAAUCGGCUUCUAACGUUCAUAAAGAAGAAACUCCUGUGAUUGAGAAAAAAACACGUAAAAAGGCACGAGUAUCAUCAUCACCAUCUAAUACUGCUACUACAGUUGAUUCUAAUGUAGAUGGUAAUAAUGAUAAUAAUAAUAAUAAUAAUAAUAAUAAUAAUAAUAAUAAUAAUAAAGAAGGAGUCUCUCCUCAUGGAGGUCAAGCUCCAUUAUAUGAUGGACCAGGAUAUGCUAUAGUAAGUUAUGAAUGGUUUCCACAAGAUCUCCUUGUAGUCGUUACAGUAGGUGGUAUUUAUUUACUUAAUAUGAAUGAUGAUUCAUCAGAUGAAUUAACCACACAGUAUCGUAUGUUUCCUUCACCUGCUUACCGUUUUAAUGAUCAUCAUACAGAGUCAUCUUUAGUACCAACAUGUGCGACACGAGUACUUGGAUGUGGUAUGAAUGAUAAUAAUAAUAAUAAUAAUAAUAAUAAUAAUAAUAAUAAUAAUAAUAAUAAUAAUAGUGAUGCACGUCUUGUAGUAGCGAGUCCAUAUUAUCUUCGUAUCUUUACUGUUUCUACUAUUCAUGUAUCUCUCACUCAUUAUGUGGAAGUACCUUUAUUAUGUGGUAUUCCUGCAGCUUUGUGUUGUAUGAAGGAAAAUUCUGGUAAAGAGAAUACCAUACUACGUGUAUACGUUUCUGCUCCCUUGUGUAUUUUACAUGGAAGUAUUGAUCUACCGGAGUCUAGUAAAAACAGUGAGGUUGCUCAGUCUCAACAGGCAAUAUGGACUACAAGAGAUGUAUGGAAUGAUACAAAAGACAUCCAUGAUGAGAUUGUUGUUCGUCGCUUUAUAGCAGUACCACUUGAUUCAUUUAUGUCAUUAGAAAUGAUGAAUACUAAAAUGACUUCUUCUUAUCUUACCAGAACUACCAGUAAUAAUAAUAAUAGUGUUGGUAGUAAUAGUAAUAGUAGAGGUGAUGAUUCCUAUUGUGUUAUUGCCGUUUGUCAACGUCGUUUAUUUGGUUUUGUUGGAAAAGUCUGUAUUGAACUUCUUCGAUGUGCCCAAAUGGAUGGAAUUGCCUCUCCAAAGAAUGUUCCAUUGGGAAUUUCUGGUCUCGCCAUUCAUCCAUCCUGCAGUUUAGCCGUUGUGGGAUUUAUCUUUGGAGCUCGACGAUAUCCACCCUUUCAACUCUUCCCAGUUCCUGUGAAUAGUGCCGGUGGAUUUCUUUCCCGAAUGCUGCAAUUUCAAAAGUGUUUCUCAGCCUUUGCUGGACAUACAGAGAUGAUUUCAACAACAACAACAACAACAACAACAAUGAUGAUGAUAGAGAAUAAUGAUGGUUCAGCUGGUCAGAGAAUGGAUAAUGUGUUGAAUGAGUUGUGGGAUCGACAAACUUCAACAUCGUACUUUAUUUGGGAAGAUUUAUUGCCGGAGAGUUCUGUGGCCGGUGCCCUUACACGGGGAACUCAUCAAGAGAUGAAUAAUGAAACUCAUUAUCCAUAUUCUAGUAUACAAAGAGGUAGACGAAAAAGAGAAACCGAUAAAGCCACUACUACUACUAAUAAUAAUAAUAGUAAUAAUAAUAAAGAGGAGAAGGAAGAAGAAGAAGAAGAAGAGGAAGAAAAAGAAGAUAUUUCACUGGUGUCGUUUGCCCCUCACGGUAUUCUUCAUAUCCUGCAGAAGAAAUAUAUGGAUUUACGUUUAGAAUAUGGUUUGGAGUUAUUUCUUCGCUUUCCUGAGGAACAGGCGGAGUGGCGGCAGUUACUACUACGCAUACAACGCCGCUGCAGAGAUGAUCUCACACGUAUGGAACUCAUUUUGGCCCACGCUGUGCAGAUCGCAGCAGCUGCCGUCCACUACGCCGGCUUUAAACCUGCAGAUUGUAAAAGAAUAUUAAAAGAAGAGACAAGCGAAAUAACACAAUUACAGUUUAAAGCGGCUUUUCAGUUUGUGAAGCUGUAUCACGCACAGUGUUCUCGUAAACGGCGAAGAUGGAUUAAUUCAGAGGUAUUUACAGAAAAACUUGAGAAGUUUAUAGACUCUGUAGGGAAUCAUUGGAACUCUCAACAACAAGAAAAACAAGAAGAGAGUGAAAUACCAAAAUUUGCAUGUUCUAUGUGUGGGAAAGAAGGAGUAUCUGUUUUGAAUCUUUCCCUUAUCUCUGGUGUGUGUAGUGAGAAGAAAGAAAUUAGUAAAGAUUGUUCAGAUGGUUUACAUAUUAGUGUGUUUUCAGGACGUACUUUCACUCCACUUUCUUUUCUCGCAGAGAAUGAAGUGAUGAGUCGUUGCCUUUGGUGUGGUUUGUUUGAUUACGUGGUGGGGCCGUACUGUUGUGUUUGUGAUGGACUCAUGCUUUAA